GCAAGUCCGGGUUCUCCUGGGAAUCCUCCUGCUCCGGCUGUGACCAUGGGAAAGCGAGUGGCCGUGGUGCUGGCUGGCUGCGGGGUGUACGAUGGGAGUGAGAUCCACGAGUCCUCGGCCGUGCUGGUGCAUCUCAGCAGGGAAGGGGCACAGGCAGAGGUUUAUGCUCCUGAUGUUGACCAGAUGCAUGUGGUGGACCACGUGAAAGGGCAGCCAACUCAGGAGAAGCGCAAUGUGCUGGUUGAAAGUGCCAGGAUAGCCCGAGGCAACAUCAAGGACCUAGCCAAGCUGGAUGUCAAGGGGCUGGAUGCCCUCAUCAUACCAGGUGGCUUUGGAGUGGCUAAAAACCUGAGUACUUGGGCUACCCAAGGCAAGAACUGCAUCAUCUCCAAAGAGGUGGAGGAUGUCCUGAAGGCAUUCCAUGCUGCCAGGAAGCCCAUUGGCCUGUGCUGCAUUUCCCCAGUGCUGGCAGCCAAGAUCUUCCCAGGCUGUGAGCUGACAGUGGGUCAUGACACAGAGUGUGAGAAAUGGCCUUAUGCCAAGACUGCAGAGACCAUGAAGGAGCUUGGUUGUAAGCAUGUGAACAAACACGUCACCGAAAUCCAUGUGGAUGUGAAGAACAAGCUGGUGACCACCAGUGCCUUCAUGUGCAACGCCCCCAUCCAUGACAUCUACGAUGGCAUUGGAAAGAUGGUCAAAGAAGUAGUCAGGCUUGCCUGAAUGCCACAAAGCCACAGAAUCCAUCUCCUGUGGAGUGCAGAUAACGGUCUUCCCCUUUCACAUCCACAUCUCAGCAGGCAGACUGCUGCUCAGACGAUGGAGUUCUUCCCCCCCAUCGGGCCACUGGUGCUGCUGAGGAGGCAGAACUCCAGAGGAAUACAAGUGCUGUUGUGUUCUGCCAAGGACAGAGCCCUUAGUGAGAGCAAGCUUGCUAGGAACUGGACUGUGGGCACACAUGGAGCUGGCAUGCAGAACCCAGGUCUCCUUGGGGCUCAAGCACAGCCACUGCCCUUGGUUCAGAGUGGCUGAGGAGUUGCCUAGGUCAUGUCAGUGUGACUGGGCUGUCCCAGCAUGAACAUGUCAUGUGUCAACAGGAAUAGUCUCUGUCUGACUCCUCAAACAUCCACCUUUGGCAGCACUGCAAGGCUGCCCCACACCUCCACCUCACAGAUGGGUUCGUGGCAAAAGGCAGGAGUGCGGUUGUGAUACUGAAUAAAAGCUGACACUUUA